AUGGCGAAGGCUCAGCAUUCCGUCACUCUCGCGAUCCUUCUCGCAUCCAUGGCUGCUCUGGCCAUGGCGUCAGGUCGCACGCUUCUAUCCAAGUCCCACACUCCUUGCCGCGACCCGAACGCCAGAGGAUUCAUUGGCGGAGAGCUCGUCACGGAGCCGCGAUCGCACGAGACUCUGAAGAAGUCGGAUCUUCCAAGAAACUUCUUCUGGGGAAAUGUUAGCGGAGUGAACUAUCUUACGGAGAGCAGGAACCAACACAUCCCGCAAUACUGCGGCUCGUGCUGGGCCUUCGCGACCACGUCAGCAGUGUCGGACCGCAUCAAGAUCAAGCGCAACGCUGCAUGGCCGGACAUCGUGCUCUCCCCCCAGGUGCUGCUGAACUGCAAGGGCGGCGGGUCGUGCGACGGCGGCGAUCCAUUCAGGGCGCUGCAGUACAUGGCGCAGCGGGGCCUGCCGCACGAGAGCUGCCAGAACUACGAGGCGGAGGACCAGGAGUGCCGCCCGCUGGGGGUGUGUGAGGACUGCGUGCCUGGAGUGGAUCCCGAGCCCUUCACCCCUGGCACGUGCUUCCCUGUCGCCAACUUCACCCUCUGGCGAGUCAAGCAGUAUGGCUCCGUUCUCUCAGGCUCGGACGAGGAUGCUGUUGGUAACCGCAUGUCGAGAGCCGACAAGCUCAAAGCGGAGAUCUUCAAGCGCGGUCCCAUCUCGUGCGGCAUGGAUGUGACCGACCAGUUUGAGGCGUACACGGGCGGCAUUUUCCACCAGUUUGUGCCGCUGCCGCUGCCCAAUCACGAGGUGUCCCUUGUAGGGUGGGGCGUGGACGAGGCCUCGGGGCAGGAGUACUGGAUCGGCCGCAACUCCUGGGGCAUGGCAUGGGGCGAGCAGGGACUGUUUCGCAUUCGCAUGCACCACCGCAACCUAGGCAUCGAGCUCACCUGCUCCUGGGCCGACCCUGACGCCAACCCUCUCCCUUCUGGCGCCAUCCCCCAGCCCCUUGACCCGCUGCCCCGAGCCUCUGAGCCCGCCUUGGGCCGUGCCUCCGGUUCUGGCUCGGAUUCUUCCAAAGCUUUGGCUGCUACGGGUGCUGGGACGGAAGGGCUGCUGAUUCAGCAGGUUGUUGGGGGGAGGGGAGGGGAGAUGGAGCAUGGGGAGCCAGCAGCAGCAGCAGCAGCAGCGGAAGAAGCUGCGGCGGCGUCAGAGGGGCAGCACCACUUGAACCAUUUUGGGCGGCUCAAGGAUUGCGCCUGCCUCAAGAGAAGCCCCACCCCCAUUCCCGUGACAGUCAAGUCACCCUUGCCACAACAUUACAUGCGUCCAGAGGACAUCCCAGCGUCCUACGACAUUCGCAACAUGAGUGGGCGCAGCUACACGGUGGUGGAGCGCAAUCAGCACAUCCCGCGCUACUGCGGUUCCUGCUGGGCCUUCGGCACCACGGCGGCCCUCAGUGAUAGAGUCGCCCUCAUGCGCAACAACGCUUUUCCCCAGAUCAACCUCGCACCCCAGGUUAUCGUAAACUGUGUCACGGGCGGUGGCAGCAACGGCUGCUAUGGAGGCGACCCCACGGCAGUCUACGCCUGGGCAAUGGAGAAUGGCAUUCCAGAUGAGAGCUGUGCCAAUUACGAGGCACGCAACAAAGAGUGUUCACGCAUCAACACAUGCUUCGACUGCUCGCCUGACGGAGCAUGCCAUGCCAUCAAGAAGUACCCACGGGUGUAUGUGGAGGAGCAUGGCACAGUGCAGGGCGAAGCAGACAUGAUGGCCGAGAUUGCGGCGCGCGGCCCCAUUGCGUGCGGCAUAGCUGUGAACGACGACUUUUACAAGAACUACAAGGGUGGCAUUUACAACGACACCACGGGCUUCCUAGACGUGGACCAUGUGAUCACUGUGGGCGGUUGGGGCACCUCCCCUGAGGGGGUUAAAUACUGGAUCGCCCGCAACUCAUGGGGCACAUACUGGGGGGAGAAUGGUUGGUUCCGCAUCGUGCGAGGCACCAACAACCUUGCCAUUGAGAGCGGAUGUGACUGGGCGGUUCCUAAGGUCGUUUGGGAAUGA